AGCCGCGGAGGGGGAAGCUGUAAAUGGGAGUGUUCGAGGAUUCUCUUCGGUAAAAAAAAAGAAAAGAAAAAAAAUAGUAAAAAAGAAAAAGUCCUCAUUCACUGUUGCUAAGUUUCUGGCCCGUCGUGGUACUUCAUGGCUUCUCGCUUGUCUGCUCCUCCCCUCCUUCACUGUUUGUUCUCUCUCGCUCUCUCGCUCUCUCUCUAUCCCCCACCCCCGUCUCGGCCACCCUCUUGCCUCGGUCCUUCUUCUCAGUCUUCCAAAGAACCCGUGAGCCCGGAGCGGCCCGUGUGCGACCUCGGUGUUUAAAGUUGAAGUUUGCUGCUAAAGAUGACAGACCCAGAUGUCCUUACUGAGGUUCCAGCAGCGUUGAAGAGGUUAGCCAAGUAUGUGAUCCGGGGGUUUUACGGCAUUGAACACGUGUUGGCCUUGGACAUUUUGAUCCGGAACCCCUGUGUGAAAGAGGAAGACAUGCUGGAGCUGCUCAAGUUUGAUCGGAAGCAACUUCGAUCAGUUUUGAAUAAUUUAAAGGGAGACAAGUUCAUCAAAUGUAGAAUGAGAGUAGAGACUGCCGCGGAUGGGAAAACCACUCGCCACAACUACUACUUUAUCAGUUACCGCUCUCUUGUUAACGUGGUCAAAUAUAAAUUGGACCACAUGAGGAGGAGGAUUGAAACAGAUGAAAGAAAUUCCACCAACCGGGCUUCCUUCAAAUGUCCUGUCUGUAGUAAUACUUUCACAGACUUAGAAGCUAAUCAGCUCUUUGAUCCCAUGACAGGAACUUUCCGUUGCACCUUUUGCCACACAGAGGUAGAAGAGGAUGAAUCAGCAAUGCCCAAAAAAGAUGCACGCACACUUUUGGCAAGGUUUAAUGAACAAAUUGAGCCCAUUUAUGCAUUGCUUCGGGAGACAGAGGAUGUAAACUUGGCCUAUGAAAUACUUGAGCCAGAACCCACAGAAAUCCCAGCCCUAAAACAGAGCAAGGACCGUGCAGCUACUGCUCCUGGAGCUGCUGGCCUGGCAGGCGGGCACCACCGGGAAGCGUGGACCAGCAAAGGCCCCUCCUACGAGGACUUGUACACUCAGAACGUUGUCAUCAGUAUGGACGACCAAGAAGACGUUCGCUCCUCGCUGGAGGGGAAAGCUGCCAAAGAGAGACCCAUUUGGUUGAGAGAGAGCACUGUUCAGGGGGCAUAUGGUUCUGAAGAGAUGAAGGAAGGUGGCAUAGAUAUGGACACAUUUAAGGAGCGUGAGGAAGGCCGGGCCGGGCCCGAUGACAAUGAGGAGGUCAUGCGGGCUCUCCUCAUCCACGAGAAGAAGACUUCCUCUGCCACCGCGGGCUCAGUGGGGGCAGCCGCUCCAGCGACUGCUGCCAAUGGCAGUGACUCGGAGAGCGAGACCAGUGAGUCAGAUGACGACUCUCCGCCCCGUCCGGCAGCAGUGACUGCCCAUCCUGGGGAAGAGGAUGAUGAAGAUGAGGAGUUUGAGGAAGUUGCGGAUGACCCCACUGUCAUGGUGGCUGGCCGUCCAUUCUCCUACAGCGAUGUGAGCCAGCGGCCAGAGCUGGUGGCCCAGAUGACACCAGAGGAGAAGGAAGCUUACAUAGCAAUGGGCCAGCGCAUGUUUGAGGACCUCUUUGAGUAAGCUUCCCCUUCCUCUUCCUCCUUUCUGUAAUGUUCAUCUCAAAAAGAAACUCCCCACCUUUGAAAAAGUAUUUAAUUGGCUUUCCAUCUUUCUUGAUGUCAAGCAUCUGUUAACCUAACAUAAAAGAAUUAAUUGGAAAGAAAGCUUGGGUUUUAUGCCAGAAACGUUCCUGAAAGGAAGAUUGGUUAUAAGCAUUUGUUUCCUUCCUACUAAAGUAUUAACAUGUUACUGUAUUUUCUUGUCUGUUUUUUCCUUUGUCGUUGAAGACACAUUUUCCUCCUUCUGAAAUGUGUUAGGGGUGUCAUUAGGGUUAAUUUUUCCUUCCUGCCUACAGACGAAGCCUUCUAUGAGAAAUUACAGUAGCUCACUAAUGGCUUCUUUUAUUUAUUUAUUUUUUUUCUGUUUUGAACAAGUAUUUGAAAUAGUUCGUUAUAUUGCUGCCAACUAAAGCAGCUCACCAAGAGACAAAUUAGUGUUUAGGGAGAAAACCCUAAGACUUCAUCUUUCCCUGAAAUUAAGCUUCGGUUCAGUAUGUAAAAGGAAUAAGCAUUUGUGUAGGAGAGGUAGAUAGGCCAGAAUCUGAGGAUUGAUUUCUAAACCAGCAGAAUUCGGGUCUUUAGAACUAAUCAGAUUGGUGGGUUCUGUUGUUUUGCUUCAUGCCUUUUGGUUUAUAUUUUGAGUGAUAGAAAAUAACGUAGGCUUGAUAUAUACCCUUAUGAAGAAAUUAAGAAAACAUGCGCAGAGGACAAGAAAUCUAUGUAAAAGGAUUGAAGAUAAGAGCAUUGGGAACAAUGCUUUACAACUGCCUGAGUUGACUGUGACUUGGAAAUCUUUCAUAUGAAGCUGGGAUUCGUCCUGUUUUCCUCUGCUUGUUCUAUGGACCUCCUGUCAGCGCUAUAAAGUAAGGAGAGCACUCCAGCCAAAAUCAGCGUAGGAUCCUGGCUGCUGCUGCUCCCCUUACACUCUCUUCCUAAGCAUCACUGAAAGCUUGUCUUAGUCUCCUUUUUGAUUCUUGUCAUAGCAUUUUAGUGCAUCUAGUACAUUGUUGAACAUUGUAACCUCAAGGAACUUAGUUUAUUUAGUGUUCUGAUAUGUAGCAUGGUAUUAUUCCUAAAGAUAGUACUUGAAAAAUAAAGGACUUUUAUAGAAAGAUA